AAAAGAAGUUAUUCUGGCGUAUCUGUUCAUUUCAAGUCCCAUUGACAAAAUUUUAAUCAAUUACAUCUGCAUAUUAUCAUCAAGUAUUACAAGACCACAACAAUAGUUAGGCAGAAUGUCGAUUCAGUACAAUAAAAACACAGUCGUGAUUAAGCGGUCCCAAUUUUCAUUGACACCAGAGCGGAUUCUCGAUUUGCUGGACCCAAAGAAUCCUGAUCUUUAUUUGGAAUUGGGGAGGUCUGUUGGUCUUGAAAAGUCACUACUGACGGAUCUCAAGCAAGGCAUUUCAUCGGAUGUGUCCACUCAUGAAGAACGCAAAGAAUUCUAUGGCUCCAAUUCGCUACCAGAAGCUGCCUCGAGAACCAUUUUUCAAUUCAUGUGGGAUGCUCUUCAAGACAAGACACUCAUCGUUCUAUGCUGCGCAGCUGUUAUUGAAAUGGCCAUUGGUGUAUACAAGUUUGAAUUCGCUCCCAUUGAAAAGCGGGACAAGUUUGCUUUGAUUGACGGUGCUGCCAUUGUUGCCGCAGUCAUUAUUGUUGUCAUGGUUGGAUCUGUUAGCGAUUACCGCAAGCAAAACCAAUUUCACGAACUAUCAGCCUUUUCAAAAGCAUUGGCUCAAACUAAAGUGGUACGCAGUGGGGAGGUAGCUAUUAUACCCACUGCUGACAUUCUUGUGGGAGACAUUGUACUUGUUGAGACGGGCGACGUUAUUGUCGCUGACGGAGUGCUUAUUGAGGGAUUCCAUAUUCAAACCGACGAAAGUACACUGACUGGUGAACCCAUUUCAGUCGAUAAAGAUUUGGCUCGCGAUCCGUUUUUACUAUCUGGCACAAAAGUUGUCCAUGGUAUUGGUCGCAUGCUGGUUAUCGCCACUGGUGUCAACUCGAUCAACGGCCGUACUUUGCUCUCCUUGGAAGUCGAGGCCGAAGCCACACCUCUUCAAGAAAAACUCGGGCGAAUUGCCGACAAGAUUGCCAUAUUUGGCGUGGCUACUGCAUUCAGUAUGAUUGUUAUUUUGUUUAUUGCCUACUUUGUCACAUCGCCUCCUGGUACCAAAGACUCGUUCCAGAUUGGUCAAGACAUUAUUGCUCUUCUGAUUCUUGGUAUCACCGUGAUUGUUGUUGCUGUCCCUGAAGGUCUUCCUUUGGCCGUUACCAUUUCUCUUGCCCACGCUACUCUUUGCAUGUUAAAGGACAACAAUCUGGUCCGUCAUCUUGCUGCUUGUGAGAUUAUGGGCAAUGCCACUACUAUUUGCUCUGACAAGACUGGUACGCUUACUAUGAACAAGAUGACCGUAGUUCAAGGAUCUCUUUUAACUGUUCAGUACAAGCAUGAGGAUGUCGAAAAGACUCUAAAGCAAAAACUACUCGCCGGAAACAGUGUACCCGAUCUAUCUCAAAAACUAUUAGCAUUUGUUGCUAGAACUCUCAACGUCAAUUCUACUGCCGACGAAUCUCGCAACAGCGAAGGCGUUGUGUUGUUUAAUGGAUCAAAAACAGAGGUUGCAUUACUGGAGUUUACCCGAAUUCUCGGGUUUGAAUACCAAGAGGAUCGAAAAACUGCUCACAUGGUAGCAAUUGAACCAUUUAGCUCUGAACGAAAGCGCAUGUCCUGUAUCAUCCGUGAUCCUACUCGUGAUUGGGUAUGCGUCAAGGGUGCUUCCGAAAUUAUUCUUGCACUGUGCGAUCGCUAUGUUGAUGCUAGUGGUCGUGUUCUUCCCCUGGAUGAUGUGGUUCGUGCUCAAUACACCGAUUUGAUUAGCACCUAUGCAUCCAAUGCGCUUCGUACGAUUGGAGCGGCCAUUCGUCCCAUUGACCAUUUUGUUCAUCACAUGACGUCUAAUUCCGACGAUGGCGAAUCUGAUCAAGAGAGUGAGCAACCUAUUCCUGACGACGAAGAUCUGAUUCUUGUGGGCAUGUUUGGCAUUCAAGAUCCCUUGCGACCCGAGGUUCCUGAUGCUGUUGCAUCGUGCCAGUCUGCUGGAAUCGUUGUUCGUAUGGUUACAGGUGACAACAUUCAGACUGCUUGUGCUAUUGCUCGUGAAUGUGGUAUUCUCGCUGCUGAUGGUCUUGCCAUGGAAGGUCCUAAAUUCCGCACACUUUCCGAAACGGAAAUGAACGAUGUUCUCCCUCGCUUGCAAGUGUUGGCACGUAGUUCGCCACUUGAUAAGCAGAUUCUUGUCAACAACCUUAAACGUCUUGGUCACACUGUUGCUGUUACUGGAGAUGGAACUAAUGACGCGCCUGCUCUGGCUGCUGCUGAUGUUGGGUUUUCUAUGGGUAUUGCUGGCACUGAAGUUGCCAAGGAAGCUUCGGAUAUCGUGCUUAUGGACGACAACUUUGCUUCUCUAGUCAAGGCGGUCAUCUGGGGUCGUAGUGUUUUUGAUGCAAUUCGAAAGUUUUUGCAAUUCCAGCUUACUGUCAACAUAUCUGCUGUUACCCUCACUAUUAUCACAUCCAUCUACUCGACUGUUGCUGGACCAAAACAUGUUGCAUCCGUUUUGAGUGCGAUUCAGCUUCUCUGGAUUAACUUGAUUAUGAACACGUUUGCUGCCCUUGCACUUUCUACCGACCCUCCUUCACCAGAUCUUUUGAACCGCAAGCCAUCUAGCCGAUCCGAGUCGAUUAUUUCUCCCGACAUGUUCAAGAUGAUUGUUGGACAAGACAUUUACCAAAUCACUGCCUGCCUGGUGCUGUUUUUCAAUGGACCUGGUUGGUGGGCGUCAAAAACAAGUCCUGAAGCCAAUGCCGAAUCCUUUAGGCACACUGGAGUCGAUGUCACUACUGCCACGAUUGUUUUCAAUACAUAUGUCUUUUGCCAAAUCUUUAACGAAAUCAACUGCCGCUCGAUUAGUCGCGAAAAGAUCAAUGUAUUCCGUGGAUUCCUUCGCAACCAUACAUUUAUUGGCAUUCUUCUCAUGACGGUUGUAAUGCAAACACUGAUUGUGCAGUUUGGAGGUGUUGUGUUCAAGACCAAUCAAAAUGGUCUUGAUGCGACAGGAUGGGGAAUCUCACUUUUGAUUGGACUUGGCAGUCUCGUUGUUGGAUUCCUGAUUCGCAUCAUGCCCGACUUUAAGCUUCCGUCGUUUAUCUUUGCCGAGCCGACACUCGUUACUGCAAGCACAGAAAAACUUUCCUAUAAGCAAGAUUCUGAAAAACUGGCCAUGGAUAGUACUGUAGGAGAACAUGACAUGAUGGUUGAAAUUCCCAUUGACAAGACAUCUGAUGAAGAUGGAACAGCAGAAUCUAGCCGACCAUUGAGAAACAGUAUUGAAGGACUACGAACAGCUCCAUUGCGAUUCCCAGGACCAACAGUUUCUCAUGCACCGGUUCCAGCAAAUGCAACUAUGCCACUAUCUUACGCACAUUCACCUAGUCACAGUGGAGAAUCGUCGCCGGAAGGAUCACCUCAACAAAGUGGAUCACAAAGAGGAUGGAGAUCUGGCGCAGUGCAUCUGGUCAACAUCUUCCGUACAAACAGAGAACAAAGUGUGGAUUACACCACGUUGCAGGUUGCAGAUGCCAGCUUGGCACGCCGGACACGGGCUGUUCGUGCUCGUCGUGCAUUAACUACACGCAUCCUUGGAUCUGGAAGCAGCAUUAAUGGAAGCACUUUGGGACUUGGACAUCGCACAUUGACGAUGGAAUCCACCCGAGAACUCACGAAUGGAUAUCGUCCUUCAAACAUCUGAAUGUCGAGUAAUUGACUUGAAAAUACUAUGUUAAGCAAAUAAAAAAUACAUAGGCUUUAUUUAGCCAUCAU